CCCCGCCCCAGAGACUCCGCCCCUCCGGCCCCGCCCCUCCCGCGCGCCGGGCGGACCCGCUGCCCCCGCGGCCGCUCGCCCGUUCCUGGGCUGGCCCGGGCGGGCCGGGCCGGACCCGCUCCCGCCGCCUCCGGAACCGCCGCCCCGCGCAGCCGAUCAGCUGUGAUGCUUCAAGCGCUGCACCCAGAAGUGGACUCCGCUACCAAAGUCAUCGUUUCCAGCUAGAUGCACCCAAACCGACCCGCUGCCAUGGAAACGGGCUGCGCGGAGGAGCCCGCCCGGAGUGGGUCGCAGUCGCUGGUCUGCGGGCAGCGGGAAGGACGGGAGCAGCGGCGGGAGGAGAGCGGGGACCGGCUGCCCGAGCGGGGCGAUGCCUCCGUGGUGGCUGCGGAGCCGCAGCAGCCUCAGCCGCCCCCCGGCAAGCUGAAGAAAACGGCUUUCAAACUGUUUGGAGGGAAGAGGAGCAUCUGCACGCUGCCCAGUUUCUUUGGAGGCAGAAGCAAAGGCCAGGGGAAAGUGGCCUCGAAAAAGGGCCUCAGCAAAUGUCAGACCCACGACGGGCUCAGCGGUGCUGCCUGCGACGGGGCGCAGCCGGAGAGCCCUUCGGAGGGGAGCGGGGACUCGCGUCCCUGCCCUUUGCCAAGCUCCCAAAGCGCUCACCUGGCCCUCGACACCAGCGCCAGGGUUGAUCUUGGCCCUUGGGACAGCUCUCCAGGCGGGAGCGCCGAGGGCUGCGAGAAAAAGCCCAACGGGGACAAGUCCUCCUUUGCCAGACCCAAGAAAGGCCUGAAAGGGUUUUUGAACAGCAUCCGGCGUCACCGGAAGAGCAAGGUUGCCGAGUGUGAGAGAGCCGAGGCGCCCGAGUGGAGCGGGGGUUCGGAGGAGGCCGGCAAAGCUCCCGGUGCGGGAGGGGAGAGCCGAGGGGCCGCGCAGGGCCGGGCGCUGGGACCCGUCCCCCUUGCCGCGGCCGGCCCGGGGAGCUCGGGGGGCGAGCGCUCGGGGGGCAGCGCUGCCGGCUGUGCCGAGGCUGCCGAGCCCGGCUGUGUCCCGGCUGCUGGCGGCGGCUCUGAGGGCGACGCGGUGGCGACGCCGGGGAACGGGGACGUUCUGGUUACGAGAUCAGAGGCUGACGCCGGUGUGUGCGCAGAGUUUGACCGUGGUGAUGUGCUGCCGGCCUCUCACCCAGACUCCAUGGACAUCGACCCUCCCUGCCUGCACUCCGGGGACCUGCUGAGCCUCAUCUUGGGAGACGCCGCGUCCCUGAAGAGCUUCGACUCCCUGACGGGCUGUGGAGACGACAUCGCCGAGCCCGACAUCGCCGAGAGCAGCAUCUCUGUGGAGCGCAGCAGAGACGCUGCUCAACGCAGCUCCUGCCUGGUCACCUACCAGGGCGGCGGGGAGGAGAUGGCCGUGCCCGAGGAGGCGGAGGAGGAGUACCUGCAGCAGCUGUGGCCCCGCGGCGCAGCGGGGGACAGGAGCUACGGGGCCCAGGUGUCCAGCAGCAGUCUGGAGACGCAGGCCUCGCACGAGGCGCAGGCCCAGCCCUACGCGGGGGGCGCGAUGGACGGCGUUGAGCUCCUGACGCCGCAGAGCGAGCAGCAAGAGUCCGCCCCCAACAGCGACGAGGGUUAUUACGACUCCACCACGCCGGGGCUGGAGGACGAGGCUGGAGACGGGCUGGGGGAGAUGAAGAAGGAGCGUCUGCCCAGAGACAGUUACAGCGGGGAUGCCCUUUAUGAGUUUGACGCGCUGCUGAGUCCCUGUCACGGGGAGGAAUCCCUGUUUGAGGGCAAAGUCCCACAGCCGGGGCUCUUCAGCUACUUCUUGGACUUGUGCCUCCCUGCUGAGAAGAGCCUGAUGCAGCUGAUGGACCAGAAGCGAGGGCUGAUGGAGACGGAGGAAGAGCGGCUGGCGGCCAUUCAGAAAGAGCUGCUGUUCUGGGAGCUGCAGCGGGAACCGCUCUUGAAACGGCUGCAUGUUCCCGGCAAGGAGAAGUGUCCCCGGGAGCAGCAGCGCCUUGAAUGUAAAACUAGAGCUGCCGGCUCGGUUGGCAAGAAUCAGAGCGGCCUUGGUAGCGAGCAGGCGGCCUCGCACGCCCCAAGCAGGGCUGUGGCCGGCGGGGUUGCGGUGGCCAGAGCUGAAGAUCCCGAGUGGAGGGAUUUCCCAGGGACUCUGUGUCCAGAGAACUGUUACAACAGCCAAAAAGCCCAAGGAAGUUGCCUUACUCAGCUCCCAAAGAACAACCGGGGGUUUGAUUUGGACCCAGACUGUGGGUUGUUUGGGGGCUCGGUAGCCCCAGCCAACGCGGGGCUGUUCCCCGGCUACAGACUGGCAGAGCUGGAGCGCGGCGGUGGAGCGGGGGCCACCAGCCCCCAGCCCCCGCUGGGCAGCGAGCACGAGCCCGAGCACGCCGUGAGCUUCUCGCAGGCGCUGGUGCAGUUCAACAGCAGCGGGACCCUCUUCUCCAGCCUCUCGGAAAGCCUGGGGAGCUCCAGCUCCGGCUCUUCCUUCACCCAGAACCUGCCUGCCCUCCCCACCAUGGUCACCUUUGACGUGGUGGACGUGGAGCAGGAAGGAGAAGGGGAGUGCGAGCGGCAUCCCGAGAUGAACGCCGGCGAGGACAUCGCCGAGGACUUUGACGACGGCUACGGACAGCAAGAGUCGUUGGCCGAAUGUGACGAGAGAAUGUCCCCGGGGUACCCCCCGGGCUCCUUGCAGAGCUGCCCCUGGGGGGUCGCCAGCCUGCCCCGGCACCUGCGCCUGCACGGGCUGAGCCCCUCGCUGCCGGCACCGCUCUCCGUGGGCCGGAGGAGCCGCUCGCUGGACACGGAGAGCCUGGAGCUCGAGCUGGCCGACCCGCAGGUUGCCAAGGGCGGCCCUGGGCCGUGCGGGCUCUGGUGGAAGCCGGAGGGUGGCAAACAGGAGGCCGGCGGAUCCAGGAGGAGCAGGAGCCAGGAGGAGGGCGAGCCGGCGGCUCCCGAGGGCGGGCUGAGCUGGCCGGGCUGGCAGCAGCUCCAGCUCGACACCGACGCGGCGGCCGGGGAAAUGGAGCCCUGGGGUUUCGCUCCGGCCGCCGCGGGGGAAAGGGCCUGGGAGCCAUCGGAGCAGCCGGGCACCGCGUCCCUUCUUCUGUCCCCUUCCCGGAGCGUCGCUGGAGAGACUCCGGCCGCGCGGCCCCGAGAGCCGGAGCUGAGCCGGCACCGGCCCAGGCCCUGCACUUUGCCUCUGCAGGGCGACACGAGGCCGGCCCGGGAGGCGGCCGGUUCCUGCAGGUCCCACGGAGAAGUCACCGCCAAAAAGCUGCCCCGCGUGUCAGCCCGGGGAGAGCCAGAGCCCGAGCUGCCCCCCAGCUUUGGCUUCGCUUUCUCCCCGGAGAAACGCGCCAAGUGCCGACCCGUGGGCAUCGCCCAGGGGAUGCCCCAGCACCCCAGCGGCAGCUCCGACGCCGGGAACAGCCCGGAGCGCUGCGGAGAGACCCUGAAAGGCAGAGCCGGCCCCGCGCUGCCCGCCGGCUGCUGGAGCGCGGCCCUGAGCGUCACCGAAGCCGAGUAGCCGCUCGGGGAUGGUGUGAGAAGGGCUGCAAAGGGCAGGGAGGGAGAACAUAGAGAUGAGGGAGCAGUUGGUGAGUGAGCUGAGUUUCGAGCUGGGCUGAUCAGGGUGAGCUCCUCCUGCAGCUCUGGUACGGGGUCUCGCUGCUGCGGGUGCUCUGGGGCUUUGGAGCCACCUCGGGAUCCGCACGUUAAUGCUGCGGCACUUUCUGGUUUUCAGCGCGAGUCGCAGCCUCUCAGACACCGAGGGCAGUAGCAGCCCCGGCGCGUUUGUGCUGCUGGAGUAAGCGCUGGGACCGGAGCCACGGCCAGCGCCGCAGGUUUGGGUUUGUUUCUGCAGGGCUGGGGCUGGGGGAGCGAGCUGGGGAAACCUUGGAGAGAAACUGGGGUGUUUUCUUCAUCUUCUCAGUGAAAAGUUUUUGUUCAGACUCACUUGCAGUGUCUCCGUCUCAGUCUCGGUGUGGCGGCUGGGAGGAAGGAUGCGGCUGUUUCCAGAGUGUGGAUGGGAGGCCACUCAGCCGAAAAGGGGAACUUUGCAGUAACACUCUUAUUUAUUACUUUUUCCCAAAACAGGAGCUGUUGUGUGCGUGCCGGUAGCGUUUUCCAGGUCUCGUGUCAGUUUGCUCACAGAUACCGCACUCGCAGAGCUGUGCUGUCGAUGGUCCCGUUAGGAACCAGGUGUCGGUCCGUUCUUUGCCCGCUCUGCCCCCACGGAGCACGAUUCCCGCUGGGCCCUGUCCCGUGCUGGUCCCGCGCUCCUCGCCUCUGCCGGGCCGUGGGCACGCGGGCCAGCUCUUUGAAAUAAGCUAAAUGUGCAUCGUGCCUGGAGCCGCGAGGCCGCGGAUGCUGUUACUUUCACCAAAAGGAAGUUUUGUGGGUUGUUUUUUUAUUAUUGUUUUACUGUUGUUUUCUUUGCAUCAAUCAUCUGAGGAAAGUAUUCUGUUAAUUGGAAUACAGGAUGUAAUGCAGCCUAAAUUAGGCUUCACAACUUCUUCCUCCUGACGGGAGGGAACAAGAAAGCCGGAGGUUGCUGCAGGUUUUGGAUUUCUUUUUCCUCUUGGACUUGUCUGAGGAGCUCGUACGAGCCCCUGGAAACAUCUGUCUCAGGCUGUUGGUCCUCGAGACGUCUCCCGUGUCCUCCGGGAUCUCAGACACACUUGUCGCUAAACCAGACCUCCCUGUCUGUGACUUGCGAAGCUGCUUCCUCCUGUCCCAGCUCUGUAUUCUGAUUUUAAUUCAGUUACCGGUGAUGAUUUUGGUUUCCCUCCCACCCCCAAGUUGUGGACCCGGCUGUGGCUGGAACGGUCAGCAGCUCCCUGGCAUCGCCGGGUUUACAGGCACCAGGAGCUGCUCUGGGUUUGUUUGCUUCCCUCCCAGCAAACUGAGGUUCUGAUAUUUCUUUUUGAGAAGAGACUCCUCACAGCCCUCCCUUGUGUACCUGUGAAGGAGCAGGGAAAGGCAAAGCCGGGCUUUCCUUGCCGGUGCUUCCACUUACUUAUGUUUGGAGUUUGUUUUUAUUUCUUUCCCGGCCAGACUUGCUGCUGGACUCGACCCAUCUGAGUGUCCAUGGGCUUAGCCCGUAGUUCUUCAGUGUUUUCCCGCCGGUCCCGCUGCAGCGCUCACCGCAGGAACCGGCCGGCCGCGGUUUUUACCCCGUCCCUCUGUGCGACCGGAGCAGAUUUUGUGGGACAAACCGGCUCUCGAUGCUGCUCCAGCUCCGUGUCCCCACCUGGAGAGGAGAGCGUGGUCACCAGCCAAAGGUCCCCUGGCCUCUGGUGCUGGGUGCGGUCACCCCUCGUUAGCGCAGCCUGAGCGGCUGCUAACGAGCACUGAGCCUCAUUGGCACAGGCUCCCCCUGGCUCAGAGCCAGGACAGGGUCGGGUCUGGCACCGCACGUCUCACCGCCCUCACAACACAAACCCGCAGCGAACCCCGCUGGUGACAUCGGGGCCGCUGUCACACCGGCGGGCACUCACAGCAAUUGCUCGGACCGAGCAGCCCCGGGCUGGGUUUUAAUCGCUAUGUUGUUUUAGCGUGUCACCAAAGGCUCUCGCAGGUUAAGGGGUUUGCGCAGCGUUUUGUUCAGACGUGGUGCAGCUUUGCAAAGUCUGGUGCGGAGUGAGAGCGUCUCGGUGCUAAAAUGAAUGUUCCGUUGCAAACGCGCGUCUCGAGGAUUAAUUCUCUUGGGUGUAGGUACGUCAUGGAAGGGCUUAGUGAAAACGGCUUCUAGACUUGAAUGUGUGAAAGCAAUACAGCCAAGACUUGGUAAUCUGACUUUAGACCAAAGGCUCCUCCUCUUAAACUGAUGUGAACUAAAUGAAGCAAAGAUCUGUUGGGUUAAGAUGAGUUUUCUAAAAGCACUUUUGGAGUCCAUUUGCUGGAUUAUUGGCGCAUUCGGCCCCAUUAACCCAAAGACAUCAGACUUUUCAGCGCUCACCCAGCCUGUAAAUUCUCACUGCCGUAGAGCGAUUGGAUUUCGCCGCCUGACGUGCUGCUCUUCCUACAACACCCGACUGCCCCGGGAUAAACAGGAGCAGAUCCUCCGCUCUUGAUCCGGAUCGGGCUGUGGGUCCAAUCCUGCCUUACCGAGGAGCUCAGGCUGGAGAGGGGUCGUUGAGGCUUCCUAUGAAAAAGGGUUUCUGAACCAGAAGUAGGUCCCAGGAGCGGGAACAGCGGGUCGUCUUGCCAAGAUAUUGAGGAAAAGCUCCCCUCGAGGAGCUCUCCGGAACACGUCCCUUCCAGGGAAGCUCUUGCCUGAGAGGGAUGAAUUGUGGCUGCUAAACUGCGCUUAAACCACUGACAUUCGGGUCAGUCUACCAAGUAAUUCUGUAUUGCAUUUUGGGGCCUCGGGGGUUUUAUUUGUUUGUUUUUAUACACAUAAGAAAAUGGUGGAUUUUAUCUAUUUUUGUAUAGUUUUGCAUUUUAUAUUCACGGGGAAACGUUACGGACUUUUGUUUUACUGGUGUGCGUUGUCUUUUCAAGCGCCGUGGUUCCCGUUCCGAUGGAGAAAAGGCCGUUACCGUGCUGCUGCCGCUGCCCGUGCGACGCGAGGGAACCUCCGGCUGCUCUGUGCCGGCACCUCCUGCUCCGGCGGCCCCGGCAGCGCCGGCAGCGGCAGCCGGCCCGGCACACGCUGCGCAGACACGGCCGAGCGCCCGCGGUUCCUCCCCCUGUCACUUUGUGUCUUUUUUCUGAGUUUUGUUUUUAAUCUGAGUUUGUGGAGUUCGGUGAUUUCUCCCUGAAGGAAUUGUGACCAUCUUUAAACUAGAAAACCACAGAUGUCAGUUGGGGCUGUAAUCAUUUUAUCCCAGUUGAGGCUUUUCCUCAGUCCGGGCAGGAGCCGCUGUUGGUGGGUGCGUGGCGAUGCUGGCGACGCCGGGGAUGAAUGUUCUGUCCCCGCGGUGCUCCCUGGCCGGGCUGGCACUCGGCUCUCACCGUGGCACGGGCAGCGUCGCCUGCUCCGGUCUGAGAGCGGCUCUUUAAAUACCGCGGGCUCUGCACAGGCUCAGCGGGGCUUCCACCUUCUGCUGUGUCCUGCGCUGGGCGGGGGCCGGGGCAGCUCCUGCGCCGCCGGCAUCGCCAGCACCGGUGCCGCGUCCUCCCGCGGUGCCGCCGCCUCGAGCCUGGGGGUCAGAAAGGCAGGGGGAGCUCUGGAGAGCUGAGACCCAGCCCAGCUAACGGGCUCUUCUCGCUCUGGUUUGGACGUGGGCAGACAAUGCGCUGCUGUGUUUGCUCGGCUCUGCAGGACUUGUGGCCCCGCGGAGUUUGUCACCCUGCGCGGGGUGUGAGGGCUGGAAUAACUUCUCUGCACAAACCGCGGGGCUGAAUGGAGCAGACGAGAACAAUGUCAAACAGUGACGUGCAGGAAGAAAAUUAAAUGCUGAAAAGCUAAAAUAUUACAGCCAAAAGCAGAUAUUUUUCACUCUUCUUUGCCCCCCUGCCAAUGCCACAGAGAUGGCAAUGGCUGCUGAGACAUUUGGCUCUCGGUAGUUUGGGUUAUUUUUGUCUUCUAAUUAAUUAGCCUUCACCUAAAGGUGCUUUUGAAUUUUUCCUGAGUGACUUUGCCCCUGUUCCCAGCACAGGGACCGGACGGGCAGGUCACAGGACAAACAUUCCUGGGUUGCUCGGCCCAGUGCCACACGCCCCAUUCCCUCUGCCCUGGGUUGUGCGGCUCCCUCCUCUCCAGCCGGGCCCACCUGCUCUUCUCGCCGCAUCGAGUCACCCCGGAAGCGGCACUUGGGUGAAGUGAUGAAUGGAAACCCAGGAAAGCCUCUCGGUUCUACAGAAAACCUCUGAGGGGCCGUGUCCAGGGGGCCGCGCUCCCUGGGCCGUGCGCUGCGGCGGCUGCUCCGCGGGGCCGGGAGCGGAGGCGGCUCCUCCCGGGACCAACCUGGCUGAGUUUGGGGUUUUUCCCGAUUUCUUUCUGCUCUCACUGCUACUCGUCCUUUCAGCUUUUUAAUGUAUUGAUUGUGUUUUACAAUGAAUGUUCCUUUCACUGAAUUGUGAUGAAUAAACUUCAGAUUUUUGGACAACA